GCUGAGCCGGGGCCGAUGCAGCUGAGCCGCGCCGCCGCCGCCGCCGCCGCCGCCCCAGCGGAGCCCCCGGAGCCGCUGUCCCCCGCGCCGGCCCCGGCCCCGGCCCCCCCCGGCCCCCUCCCGCGCAGCGCGGCCGACGGGGCUCCGGCGGGGGGGAAGGGGGGGCCGGGGCGCCGCGCGGAGUCCCCGGGCGCUCCGUUCCCCGGCGCGAGAGGCCCCGGCCCGGGCCCCGGCGCGGGGAUGGACGGCCCCGGGGCCAGCGCCGUGGUCGUGCGCGUCGGCAUCCCGGACCUGCAGCAGACGAAGUGCCUGCGCCUGGACCCGACCGCGCCCGUGUGGGCCGCCAAGCAGCGCGUGCUCUGCGCCCUCAACCACAGCCUCCAGGACGCGCUCAACUAUGGGCUUUUCCAGCCGCCCUCCCGGGGCCGCGCCGGCAAGUUCCUGGACGAGGAGCGGCUCCUGCAGGACUACCCGCCUAAUCUGGACACGCCCCUGCCCUACCUGGAGUUUCGAUACAAGCGGCGAGUUUAUGCCCAGAACCUCAUCGAUGAUAAGCAGUUUGCAAAGCUUCACACAAAGGCGAACCUGAAGAAGUUCAUGGACUAUGUCCAGCUGCAUAGCACAGACAAGGUGGCCCGCCUGCUGGACAAGGGGCUGGACCCCAACUUCCAUGACCCUGACUCAGGAGAGUGCCCCCUGAGCCUUGCAGCCCAGCUGGACAAUGCCACGGACCUGCUGAAGGUGCUGAAGAACGGCGGUGCCCACCUGGACUUUCGCACUCGUGAUGGGCUCACUGCUGUGCACUGUGCCACACGCCAGCGGAAUGCAGCGGCAUUGACGACCCUGCUGGACCUGGGGGCAUCACCUGACUACAAGGACAGCCGCGGCUUGACACCCCUCUACCACAGCGCCCUGGGGGGUGGGGAUGCCCUCUGCUGUGAGCUGCUUCUCCACGACCAUGCUCAGCUGGGGACCACCGACGAGAAUGGCUGGCAGGAGAUCCACCAGGCCUGCCGCUUCGGGCACGUGCAGCACCUGGAGCACCUGCUCUUCUACGGGGCAGACAUGGGGGCCCAGAACGCCUCAGGGAACACAGCCCUGCACAUCUGUGCCCUCUACAACCAGGAGAGCUGUGCUCGUGUCCUGCUCUUCCGUGGAGCCAACAGGGAUGUGCGUAACUACAACAGCCAGACAGCCUUCCAGGUGGCCAUCAUCGCAGGGAACUUUGAGCUUGCAGAGGUUAUCAAGACCCACAAAGACUCGGAUGUUGUACCAUUCAGGGAAACUCCCAGCUAUGCGAAGCGGCGGCGACUGGCUGGCCCCAGUGGCUUGGCAUCCCCUCGGCCUCUGCAGCGCUCAGCCAGCGAUAUCAACCUGAAGGGGGAGGCGCAGCCGGCAGCUUCUCCUGGACCCUCGCUGAGAAGCCUCCCCCACCAGCUGCUGCUCCAGCGGCUGCAAGAGGAGAAAGAUCGUGACCGGGAUGCCGACCAGGAGAGCAACAUCAGUGGCCCCUUAGUAGGCAGGGGCAGCCAGAGCAAGAUCAGCCCGAGCGGGCCUGGCGGCCCUGGCCCUGCGCCCGGCCCCGGCCCCGCGCCCCCCGCGCCCCCCGCGCCGCCGCCCCGGGGCCCGAAGCGGAAACUUUACAGCGCAGUCCCCGGCCGCAAGUUCAUCGCUGUGAAGGCGCACAGCCCGCAGGGCGAAGGCGAGAUCCCGCUGCACCGCGGAGAGGCCGUGAAGGUGCUCAGCAUUGGGGAGGGCGGUUUCUGGGAGGGAACCGUGAAAGGCCGCACGGGCUGGUUCCCGGCUGACUGCGUGGAGGAGGUGCAGAUGAGGCAGCAUGACACGAGGCCUGCUCCUGAUACUCCCUCAGAAACCCGUGAGGACCGGACAAAGCGGCUUUUUCGGCACUACACUGUGGGCUCCUACGACAGCCUCACCUCACACAGCGAUUAUGUCAUUGAUGACAAAGUGGCCGUCCUGCAGAAACGGGACCACGAGGGCUUUGGUUUUGUGCUCCGGGGAGCCAAAGCAGAGACCCCCAUCGAGGAGUUCACGCCCACACCAGCCUUCCCGGCGCUGCAGUAUCUUGAGUCGGUGGACGUGGAGGGUGUGGCCUGGAGGGCCGGGCUUCGCACAGGAGACUUCCUCAUUGAGGUGAAUGGGGUGAACGUGGUGAAGGUUGGACACAAGCAGGUGGUAGCUCUGAUCCGCCAGGGUGGCAACCGCCUUGUCAUGAAGGUUGUGUCUGUGACAAGAAAGCCGGAAGAGGAUGGGGCUCGGCGCAGAGCCCCACCGCCCCCCAAGAGGGCCCCCAGCACCACACUGACCCUGCGCUCCAAGUCCAUGACAGCUGAGCUCGAGGAACUUGCCUCCAUUCGGAGAAGAAAAGGGGAGAAGCUGGACGAGAUGCUGGCAGCCGCCACAGAGCCGACGCUGAGGCCAGACAUCGCAGACGCGGACUCCAGAGCCGCCACAGUCAAACAGCGGCCCACCAGUCGGAGGAUCACACCUGCUGAGAUUAGUUCAUUGUUUGAACGCCAGGGCCUCCCAGGCCCAGAGAAGCUGCCGGGCUCCUUGCGGAAGGGGAUUCCACGGACCAAAUCUGUAGGGGAGGACGAGAAGCUGGCGUCCCUGCUGGAAGGGCGCUUCCCGCGGAGCACGUCGAUGCAAGACCCGGUGCUGCGCGAGAGUCGCGGCAUCCCGCCCCCGCCGCAGACCGCGCCGCCGCCCCCGCCCGCGCCCUACUACUUCGACUCGGGGCCGCCCCCGGCCUUCUCGCCGCCGCCCCCGCCGGGCCGCGCCUACGACACGGUGCGCUCCAGCUUCAAGCCCGGCCUGGAGGCGCGCCUGGGCGCGGGGGCUGCCGGCCUGUACGAUCCCGGCGCGGCCCUCGGCCCGCUGCCCUACCCCGAGCGGCAGAAGCGCGCGCGCUCCAUGAUCAUCCUGCAGGACUCGGCGCCGGAGACGAGCGACGUCCCCCGGCCCCCGCCCGCAGGCACCCCGCCCGAGCGCCCCAAGCGCCGGCCGCGGCCGCCCGGCCCCGACAGCCCCUAUGCCAACCUGGGCGCCUUCAGCGCCAGCCUCUUCGCGCCGUCCAAGCCGCAGCGCCGCAAGAGCCCGCUGGUGAAGCAGCUGCAGGUGGAGGAUGCGCAGGAGCGCGCGGCCCUGGCCGUGGGCAGCCCUGGGCCCGGCGGCGGCAGCUUCGCACGCGAGCCCUCCCCGACCCACCGUGGUCCCCGACCCGGCGGCCUCGACUACGGCGCGGGCGACGGCCCGGGGCUCGCGUUCGGCGGCCCGGGCCCGGCCAAGGACCGGCGGCUGGAGGAGCGGCGCCGCUCCACUGUGUUCCUGUCCGUGGGCGCCAUCGAGGGCAGCGCCCCCAGCGCGGACCUGCCAUCCCUGCAGCCCUCCCGCUCCAUCGACGAGCGCCUCUUGGGCACCGGCCCCACCGCCGGCCGCGACUUGCUGCUGCCCUCCCCGGUGUCUGCUCUGAAGCCAUUGGUCAGCGGCCCGACCCUCGGGCCCUCAGGCUCCACCUUCAUCCACCCGCUCACCGGCAAACCCCUGGACCCCAGCUCACCCCUGGCCCUUGCCCUGGCUGCCCGAGAGCGGGCUCUGGCCUCCCAGGCACCCUCCCGGUCCCCCACGCCCGUGCACAGCCCCGACGCCGACCGCCCUGGACCCCUGUUUGUGGAUGUGCAGGCCCGGGACCCAGAGCGAGGGUCCCUGGCGUCGCCAGCCUUCUCCCCGCGAAGCCCGGCCUGGAUUCCUGUGCCUGCUCGCAGGGAGGCAGAGAAGGCCCCCCGGGAGGAGCGGAAGUCACCUGAGGACAAGAAGUCCAUGAUCCUCAGCGUUCUGGACACAUCCCUGCAGCGGCCAGCCGGCCUCAUCGUUGUGCAUGCCACCAGCAACGGGCAGGAGCCCAGCAGGCUGGGGGCCGAAGAGGAGCGCCCGGGCACCCCGGAGUUGGCCCCGGCCCCCAUGCAGUCAGCGGCUGUGGCUGAGCCCCUGCCCAGCCCCCGGGCCCAGCCCCCUGGCAGCACCCCGGCAGAACCUGGGCCAGGUCAGGGCAGCUCAGAGGAAGAGCCAGAGCUGGUGUUUGCUGUGAACCUACCACCCGCUCAGCUGUCGUCUAGCGAUGAGGAGACCAGGGAGGAGCUGGCCCGGAUUGGGCUGGUGCCACCCCCAGAAGAGUUUGCCAACGGGGUCCUGCUGGCCACCCCACUCGCUGGCCCGGGCCCCUCGCCCACCACGGUGCCCAGCCCGGCCUCAGGGAAGCCCAGCAGUGAGCCACCCCCUGCCCCUGAGUCUGCAGCCGACUCCGGGGUGGAGGAGGCUGACACACGCAGCUCCAGCGACCCCCACCUGGAGACCACAAGCACCAUCUCCACGGUGUCCAGCAUGUCCACCUUGAGCUCAGAGAGCGGGGAACUCACUGACACCCACACCUCCUUCGCUGACGGACACACUUUUCUACUCGAGAAGCCACCAGUGCCUCCCAAGCCCAAGCUCAAGUCCCCGCUGGGGAAGGGGCCGGUGACCUUCAGGGACCCGCUGCUGAAACAGUCCUCGGACAGCGAGCUUAUGGCCCAGCAGCACCAUGCCGCCUCUGCCGGGCUGGCCUCUGCCGCCGGGCCUGCCCGCCCUCGCUACCUCUUCCAGAGAAGGUCCAAGCUAUGGGGGGACCCCGUGGAGAGCCGGGGGCUCCCUGGGCCUGAAGACGACAAACCAACUGUGAUCAGUGAACUCAGCUCCCGCCUGCAGCAGCUGAACAAAGACACGCGUUCCCUGGGGGAGGAACCAGUUGGUGGCCUGGGCGGCCUGCUGGACCCUGCCAAGAAGUCGCCCAUCGCAGCAGCUCGGCCUGGGCUAAACUACAGCCAUCUGAAAGGGCCCCUGUGCCCAUCCUGGGCCCUUUACUUCCGGUGCUUCUGGCUGCAGGCAGUGGAGCGGAGCACGGGAUACUUGGUGAUGUCUGAGUCCAGUCCUGUUUCAGAUCUGGUCCUUUGUGUGCCCACCGUGGCCAUUGUCGGCUCUUACCCUGCAGCCUUCAGUGGCCGGACUCUGGUACUCACUCCUCACUUAGGGAUAAAACUGCUGGUGGAACUGUCUUAUAGGGAACUGUCUGAAGUGUGGGAAGUUCUGACAUCCAGGUAUGGCUGCUUCCUUCGCAGGGCCAGUCCUGGCAGAGGUGCUGGGUCACCCUCAGGGCCAUACCCUGAGCCGUGUCUCCAGUCCCUUGUUUUCCCGCAGUGUUUGUCUCCCAGGCCCAUCCUCCCUCCACCUCCCUGACCGACACCACAGGGAAGGCAAUGCCCCUUCCCACCCUCUCCACGGAUGGCUCAUUCCUGAUGUUCUUUAGCCACAAGCUGUUCUGUGGCCUGAGAAUUUUCUGGGCAAGUUAAGCUGUCCUGUAUGUUAUGGAACUAAAGCUCAGUAACCUGUGGAAAAAUGAUCAGCUCUGGAGCCACCUUUGAUUUUCAGGGGAAGCUGGAGGAUGUGGCACUUUCAUGCUGCCUCUGGAAGGUCCAGGACCUUUGGCCUUCUGCAUCCUUGAUCCCAGACUGUCUGCCUGCUCUGUGCUCCCAGCUCCAAGUCUAGCCCUGCUGGACAGACCAUUCAUCUGCCCAGAGCCCCUCCUCUGUCUCUGGGCCCCACAGCUGACUCUGAGGCUGCAUUUGGGCAUGAUUUCAAACCUGACUCUGAGCCCCAAAACUGGCCAUGGGUGCCCCAACUGUCUGAGGCUCACACUUGUUUCUGAGACCCUGGCUCCACAUCUGGCUCUAAACUCAAUUUUUUCUUCCAGGCCCCGUGCUUGGAUCUGAAUCCCAUAUGGGGUCUGAGGUCCAUGGCAAUGCUCACUUCUGCCUUGGCUCUUAGCUUUGCAGCUGACUCUCACAUCUGGUUUUGUAGGUAAAGUUCAUAGCAAAAUAGUUUUGGAAACACAAGUUAAAGAGGUUCUUUGCUGCAGUACUUUGGUAAGCUUGUGUGGAGGAGGGCACUGCGUGCCGUGGUCUUCAGACCUAUUAGUCAGUUACUAGAUCCCACAGAAAACCCACAUUCCUCAAAAAGGUCAGGAAACCCUGCCCUGGUGGCCUGCUGCAGAACUUGCCUGCUGCUAUAUCUGUCAGUGACCUGGACAGAGCACUGUCCAGGGCCUGCUCUUCUGAAACCCAGACUGAGUGUGUCAUGUACCUGCCAGUGGAGGUCCCUGCCGGCCACAUGCAGUGGGGGCAGGUGUGCUCCCAGGAUCUCUGAACCCUGUUUGUGGAGUAGGAAGGAGGUCCAGAGGAGGGGUCACAGGACACUGGGGCCAUCAGGGCUGGCGCUGGGAAUAGGCGGGGUGUUGGUAGCAAGACGUGUUACCACAGAGGACGCGCUGGAAGCUUCAGAGCCCAUGUCUGGUUAUGUGCUCUUCUGAGAAUUAGUUCCCUUAAUGAAGCCCCCAGUUUGCAAAAGGCCACAGGCCUAGACUUGGCCCACGUGAGUGCAGUGGCAGAAGGCCUGAGGCAGGGCCGGAGUGUGGACAGUUUCCUUCCUGUUGGUCCCAGUGGGCUGAGUUGGGCAUGCCUGGCAGGGACAUGUCAUGCUGCUUUUGCGUGAUGUUUUUGUCAGUUCAUCUUGCAUACCUGGCUUUGUGCUGGGGACCAGGAGUCAGGGAGAACUGUUAAGAAGUGGAGUUAAGGCCCUGAGACCAUGAACGGUCUGCAUCCAGAAAUCGCUAGGGGUAAAGAGGAGGUCUGGGUUGGUGUUAGGAGUUGGUCAUUGGCUGUAGGUUAAAAAGACAGAGGAGCUUAUGGUGGCUCCCAGGCUCUGUGGGUGGCAAGGACAGUGUGCUGUUCACUGAAUUGGGGAUGGAGGGACAUGUAUGGAUAUCUCAGUAGAGGUACUGAACUCAUCAGAGACUGACUGGGUCUCACAUGUAGCAUUCCUGGGCGCAUUGGCCAUAGCAAAGGGUGUGAGAAAGUUUCUCCCUAGGGGAAACUGCAAACUAAGAAGAGGGGAGCUCUGAAAAUCCAUCUAGUAAGGAAAAGGUCUAGGAAAGGAUGUCUCAAAGGGAAACAGAUGAACAGGUCAGCAGUGGGGUCUUGCUGACGGCCUGGGCAAAUGCAGGGUGAGGGUUACCACCGAGGAUGCACCAGAAGUUUCAGAGCCCAUGUCUGCUUUUGUAGUGGUCUGGAGUGGGAAGAGUGUGGCAAGGCCAGAUCUCUCUCACUGGCCGAGAGUCACUGGGAAACAGUGAGAUAGUGCAGGAUUCAAAUACAGGUGGAAAGACCUGGAGGCCACGGGGGGCCUCAGCAUGAUCUAGACUCAGCCUCUUCAGGGGGCUGCUGGAGGUGUUCGCAGGUGGUGGUGCCUGGUGAGGUAUCAUGUGUUAGAGGGUGGGUGGCCUAGAAGCUCUUUGGGAGGGUGGCAGGUGCUGGGAUGUGGCUGUUUGGUGGCCGGAGUGUGGCCAGGGAGGUGGCCAGACAGCUGAGAGUGACAGUGGGUGUGCAGAGAUGCCAUGGAAACAUGGAAGUCAGACAUGGACACUGCUCGGGUUUGUGUCCUGGGGAUGGGGUGGGCAGUAUGCUGUUCCCCAAGAGAAAGAGGGGAAACGGACACCUGAGCCAGGGGAGACCCCAGGCUCCUCCCUCCAUGCCCUGGGGCCUUUGGAGGGCACAGCCUUCCUUGGGUGUUUCUUCUCAGCCUGACAUCUCUAGCAUGCUUUGGGAGGUGGGAGCAAUGUGACUUGGCUCUCCCCCACUCACAGCCUGGUGGAGCCUGGCCCCACAUCUCUUGCCCUCGGGCCCCUGGCUCUGUGAGUGCCUCUGGAGCCAGCCUGCCCUCAGCCCAGGUCUUCAGCUCAGUCCCUGCCAGUACUACCCAGACAGGCACAACUCUGCUCUGCCCAGCUUGGACCUCCUGGAGCCCAGACCCUGCUCUGGGCUCCAGCUGAGCCUCCUGGCUGCGCUGCCUGCGCCUGCCCUGUGCCUCUGCCUUCACUGCUGUGGUCCUGCAACUCAUCAGUGUGCUUCAGUCACACCUGAGACUCCAGGUACACCUGAUAUUGCAACUCCAUUGAAAGCUACGUCUUGGGGCAGGGGCAGCGCAAGGGCCAGGGCCAGGGCCGGGGCAGGUGUCCAUCCUGUGAUGCAGGUCCCCAAGCCAGGAUCACUGUGUCAGGGCUGGGGGUGGAGGCCAGGUGCAUAUUCCUGGUCCUGCUCCUCUCUGGGCAUCCACAGUCAGGUCCCUCAAGAGUUAAACCCCCUCCAGCAGUCACCACUACCUGGGCACCCACCCCCCCCGACCCAACACCACCUCCCACCUCCCCUCGGGAAUCCCCCCCAACCCUGGCUGCCACCCCACUUUGGCCCACUGUGCAGGUGGAUCCAUGGAGGCCAGGGCGGGUGGGAGCAAAGACAGCUUAUUCUGGUGGUGCCUGUGCUGAGGCCCACCUCGGGUGUUUUUGAAGCCCCUUUCUGUUGGGGGGCACAGUGUGGCCUCUUCAGGAAGCUCUGCUCUGGAUCUGAGCAGCUGGGAGAAGGCAGUAGGGACAGAGGCUGAGAAAAGGACAGAAAUGAAGUCCAGUGGGAGAGAGCUCAGAUCUCCACAGAGGGCUGACCUCCCACAGGUGGGAGACAAAAGACAAAACCUGCUUUAAGGGGAACCCUAUGCCUGUGUGGGACAGGCACUGGUGAUGCUGGAUGGUGAGGACAGCACAGAGGUGGGGUUGGGGGAACUCAGCCUGGGCAGGGGCAGGGAGAGGGGGUGGGAUGGCUGCUGGAGAGGGGAUGGCCAGAGAGAAUGUCAGGGGCUCAGCACCCCCAGGCACCAGGCACCUGCCGGGCACUGCAGCCACGCCUGUGGUUUACCUGCACUUGGAGACCUUCGCACAGGCGCUAAUCCUCCGCCAGCACCUCCAGCUUUGUCCCUCCCACAGCAGCUGGGCCCUCUGCACCUGAGUUCCUCCCUCCACACCUGGCUGCCCAUUGUGUGGUUGCAGCUGUGGGCUGCGUGGGCCUGGCUGGCUAACUCUCUCUCUCAUUGCUCUCUCCUGCCCAUCUGCAUGUGGCUGCUCUGUCGAGCUGCGCCGUGGUCCCGAGCGCCGGCUGUGUAAGUGAGCAUGCCCAUCCCAUGCCUCUUGCCAUCCCCAUGCUGUGCCUAUCUGCCUGGGUCUCUGCUCUGCGUGACUGUGAGGGGCUCUGGUGCCACUGACAGACCCUUGAGGCUUCCCCUGACACAGUGGGGACAGGGAUGGGAAUAGGCGGACAUGGGAGUGGGUUUUCUUUGGAGUUGUCACCCCGGGUGGGCCUCCCACCACAGCAGAGAUGAGGAGGGGCUAGAGCUCUAGGGUCCUGUCAGGUGAGGCUGGGAAGAGAGCUGCCAUCGGUUCUCGCGUGGGCGUGUGCGUGCAUGCGUGCGCGAGUGUUGCGUGUCUGCGUGUGUGUGCUGCCACUGCAGCCUGUCUAGCAUGUGUGGGCACCGUUGCUGCUGCUGUGUGCCGUCUGUGCAGGAAGCUGCCUCUAUGUUGUGGGUGCGCACGGCCUCACACCUGCCCUGCAUGUGCUGCUGCUCCAUAUGGGCAUGAGCCCUGCCUGGUGUCUGUCUCCUGUGUCACGGACCUGUUCAACUUCGUGCUGCUGCUGCCAGCCUUUCUCACGACUCAGCUGUUCCUGGAUCUAGCCCAGGGUCCCCUGGGUCUACUCAUGAGAGCAGAGCUGUGGGGGUGGGGUGGGGGAUGAAAGGUACUGCCCAAGUCUUACGGUCCAGGGCAUCCGUGGAUCCCGCCAUGCCCAGAGCGUGUCUCGGAGGCUGGCAGGAGGGAGAAGCCAGCCCUUUGCCAUGACAGGCUGUCUUUUCUUUGGUGGGCUACACUUGGAGCCUGGAUGGAGUGGAGAAGACCACCAGUCAUUCCUCAUAUUCCAGCCAGCCACUAGCUCUGGUCCCAGGGGCCAAACAAAAGGGCUAGGGUAACCAUAGGAUCCCACCCUUAUUUCUUCCUCUGGCCGGGCUACUCCCGCCAGCCCCAGCCCCUUUCCUCCUGGACCCUGCCCGCUCCCCUCCGCCCGUCCCGCCUUGGCUGUGCGCCCCUCACCUGGCGUGACCCCUCUCCCU